GCAUUCUUUGUCAAAGAAUACAUCUUGAACCAUCCAGAGGAUGGAGAGAAGAUCACACGCUUGAGAGAGCUGAUGCUGGAGCAGGCUCAGAUUCUCGAAUUUGGCUUGGCGGUACACGAGAAGGUGGUGCCGCAGGACAUGAGGCCGUUGCACAAAAAGCUGGUGGAUCAGUUCUUUGUGAUGAAGUCAAGCUUGGGAAUACAGACUGCAAACUCUUGCUUUGCCAAGUGGAAUGCGACUUCUAUCCCCCACUCUACCCGCGAUUCGAUAAGGGAGGCUGAGGAGCUCGUAGGCCCAGUCUCCACUCUCUCUGAGACUCGCCCGACAGGAAAAUCUCCCAAUCUGUCUCUACCCUCAGUGUCCCAAGAGAGGAGAAUGCUGUUUAAUCAUAUUGGAGAUGGUGCUUUGCCACGAAGCGAUUCGAAUCUGCCCGGCCCUGACAAAGCUGUAAACACCACCCCAAGCAGCUGGAGCCUGGACAGUGGGAAGGAAGCCAGAAACACAUCAGAAAGUGGAAAGCUUAUAUCUCCUCCUGUACCACCACGACCUGCACAGACUGCAUCACCAGCAAGACACAUAGCCUCCGUUUCCCCUUCUCCUGCCGGCAGAUCACCAAUGAAGGGGUCUGUGCAAUCCUUCACGUCGUCUCCAGUGGAAUAUCAUUCCUCGGGGCUCAUCUCCAACUCCCCGGUGUUGUCGGGCAGUUACAGCAGCGGCAUCUCUUCGCUCAGUCGAUGUAGCACAUCAGAGACGUCAGGUUUUGAAAGCCAAGGCAGCGAACCAACAGUGACUGUCCCAAGCUACAACGUUUCCGAGGAGCCUGUGAGAAAAGAAAGUAAAACCCCGCCGCCUUACAGUGUCUAUGAGCGGACUUUGAAACGUCCAGUUCCUCUACCUCACAGCCUCUCCAUCCCGCCCGCCGCGGACCCCCCGGCGCUGCCGCCCAAGCCCCAGCUCAUCCGGCCAAACAAUCUGGAAAACAACAGCAGGAGGACUGAGCAGGUUCCCCGGCCCAGGCCUCUGCCCCGCAAAGUCUCUCAGCUAUGA